AUGUUAAAAUGCAAUACAGAUGUCCGAUACGUCACAAGAUUGGUCUCACGCUUGGUGACCUCCAUCCUUCCCUCAGCGAAGGCAAAAACUGUAUUGGUGGAUCACUAUUUCAGAGUACCCAAAAGACCCAAAGCCCCGGAUGGAGUCCCACGGUACAUACUGCUCUGUUUCCAAACAAUCCUCAGCAAACUUGCGGUACAAGCGGCAACUCAUGCAUCCAACAAGCACCAAUUCGAAGGAGCUGACUUCUCAUUUUACAAUGACCUAUGCCGUUCCACACUGCAAUGGAUACAAUCAAUGAGAUUGGUGACACAACCCUAA